GCUGAAAGUAGCUUCAGUGAAGAAGAGGAGGAAAAACUUCAAAUAGCUUUUUCGCUGGAGAAGCAGGAUCUUCAUCUAGUUCUUGAAACUAUAUCAUUCAUUUUGGAACAGGCCGUCUAUCAUAAUUUGAAGCCUGCUUCAUUGCAACAACAGCUGCAAAGCAUUCACCUGGAUCAAGACAAAGCUGAAGCAUUUGCCAGUGCGUGGGUGGCUGCAGGUCAAGAUACAAUUGAAAAGUUCAGGCAGAGGGUUUUGACCCCUCAGAAGCUUGAAACAGUUGGAUGGCAGCUUAAUCUUCAAAUGGCGGAGUCCAUGCAAGCGAAGCUGAAGUCUCCUCGAGCUGUGCUAGAGCUGGGCGUGAGCAAUGAAGAUUCGAAGAACCUGAAGAGAGUGUUUGUAGAAUUUAGUCAUCAGGAGCUGUUUGAGUUCUAUAACAAGCUGGAAACUAUACAAGCACAGCUGGAUUCCCUUACAUGA